ACUCCUUAUAUAAAUAGUGUAGCGGGGGAUCAAAUCCAACCCUCGUCUGUGUCGGGAUUGAGCUACAGUUAAAGGUUGAGGAGAACUCCGAGCUGUCUGCACAUUUAAACAUGCCAUACCUCCCUCCUUGGCUCUCUGACACCCACCAGCCAGAAGUGCUUUUUCACCCGAUCGCCGAUGUUCCCUCAGUGAAAGCUCCGUUUAUUCAGGCAACACGUGGAUAAACUUUAUUUUCCUACAAAGAAGUGUCACUUUCCGCUGAAACUAACGAUCCAGCUAGCGCCACCGUCCAGGGAAGCAUCACGUAUCGUGCGGUUUUAGAACCUGCGAAACCUUAAGUACCUCUCUUUUUUUGGGGGAGGGGGGGUUUAUUCUCACUACCCGCCGACCCCCCUUCCUUUCUACCUUGAUCCGUAAGGAAAAGGCAAGGGAUCCGAGGAUUAUUAUUAUUGCAGUGGACGGCCGCUUGAAACGCCGCCUUAUGUUGUAUCCCAGCACAAAGAUGCUCAUUCUGAAGAUCGCUCUCUUUCUGAUUUACACCGCCUUGCUGCAAAGGGACUCCGCUUACGAACCGAGCCAAGACUAUUACGAUGAUUAUCAGGACCUGGGAGAAGCGAAGGGUCAUAUGAGCAGUGAACUGGAACAUCAGUUGCGGUCUGUAUCCAGUGUGGAUGAACUCAUGACGAUAUUUUACCCGGAGCACUGGAAAAUGUUAAAAUGUCAGUUGAUGAAAGGCCGACCACAGUACAGGGAAGCUGGCUUUGAAACAGUAACGGAGGAGCCUGUGACGUUUGCAGCAACAUUUUAUAACCCUGAGAUUCUAAAAAGUAUUGAUUCUGAGUGGAAAAAGACUCAGUGCAUGCCCAGGGAGGUGUCCUUGGACGUGGGGAAAGAAUUUGGGUCAGCAACAAACAUCAUCUUUAAACCGUCCUGCGUGUCUGUCUACAGAUGUGGUGGCUGCUGCAACAGUGAAGGAGUCACAUGCAUGAACACCAGCACUUCUUAUGUCAGCAAGACACUGUUUGAGAUUACAGUACCAAUUUCCCAGAGACCAAAACCCAUAACAAUCAGUGUUGCAAAUCACACGGGCUGCAGAUGUAUGUCAAAACUGGAUUUCUUCAGGCAGGUCCACUCCAUCAUCAGACGUUCCAUAUCCUCGUCCCAUUCAGAAUGUGAGACAGAGAUACUGGCACAUAUGGAAGAGUCACUGUCCAAGGGCUUCUCUUUUUCCCGACUGAAAGAAGACAACAUGGAGAUACCCCGGUUAAAAGUCGGGCUCCACAAGGGGAGCUGUCUGAUGCCAAACAGAACCUGUCCCAAGAAUCACAUGUGGAACAGUUUUUUAUGCAGAUGUGUGAUGCAACAUGAUUUCAGCAGCUUUCUGCCCCCUAAAAGUGACUCAGAUCGAGGCAGCGACUUCUACAGCGUCUGCGGGCCUAAUAAAGAACUGGAUGAGGAUACAUGUCAGUGUGUCUGUAAAGGAGGCCUACACCACACUAGCUGUGGACGCCACAAAGAGCUAGAUAAGGACUCGUGCCAAUGCGUGUGCAGAAACAGACUGUAUCCCGCCUUAUGUGGCCCCCACAAGCAAUUUGAUGCAAAUUCUUGCGAGUGUAUUUGCAAAAAAAGCUGUCCAAGGAAUCAGCCUUUAAACCCAGUAAAAUGUGCCUGCGAGUGCACAGAGUCUCCAAAUAAAUGCUUUCUGAAAGGAAUGAGGUUUCACCCUCACACCUGUAGUUGCCACAGGCCACCCUGUGUAGUCCGGACAAGACGCUGCAGCCAAGGCUUUUACUUUAGCAAGGAGGUAUGUCGCUGUGUCCCUACAUAUUGGAGAAGACCGCACACUGACUAUUAUUGACGGUGACUGUCAUUUGGUGACAAAAGAACCAUUGUCAGACUUUCACAUGGAUGCUACUACCGAGAGGGAGAACAUUGUGUAAAAAAAAAGAUGCAUACUAUCUACAUCUUGGAUUCAGCAGUGCACCAGAGACGCAGGAGGGCCCGAAGCAAUCCCAAUACUGCACGUUUCAAAAAAAAAAUGCAGACGUACAAUGUAGAAACUUGCCUGGAGGCUACAAGUCAUGCAGAGAACUUGCCCGGGCUUCAUGUGACACACUGAUGUCCAAAAGGUCUAGAUCUUUUCAAGCUAAUUUUUGUUUUUAAGAUAAUGAAUCUAUAUCUAAUUUAUUGCCACCAAAAUGUUGUGCAACAUUCCUGUUCAUAACAGUUAACAACUGUAAGAGUUCACUGUGAUCAGUAUUUUUAUAUCAUGUAAAAUAUCUUUAAAAUAAAUGGCAAAAGUGUAUUGUA